GUGCAGGCAGACAAGCUUGCAACAACCCGUACAACCGGCAGGCGGACGAGGAAGCGUACAAAAGCAUGAAGAUAUCGAACAUUUGGGAAGUUCCGCACAAACAAUUUCUGGAAUUGAUACAACCCUCGUUUUCCAGCAUCGUCGAGGUAGAGGACAUGGAUGCCAUACUCGCCCGUACGCAUGUCAUUCUAAUCACCGAUCAUGGCUUGUACUGGCGUUUGGCAAAGGUCGAGAAGACGAACAUUCGCUUCGUUCAGUGGCCUGCUGAUGAACCCCGUGACCUUCUCGUACAAUCCCAGAAGGAAAUUUUCGUGAACUAUAAGAAGAACCCUACAAAAUACCAACUCCCGCCAAACUUCCACGAGGACAUGGUUUGGUCACAAGAGGUCUUGCAUCGUCUAUUCGAAGGUGAAACAGUUGCACGCACGAUGACUAUUCGAGGUAUGAACUUAUUCGGCGAAUCCCAACCGCCACGACAAAUUCUUCCACGUAUCCUAGGCGACAACGACCUCGGCGAUCGUGAGAACAGGGAGAAGGUCGAGACAACUUUCCGUAAUUUGAAGCGUUCCGGACCUAUUACCAUUGAUCUCGAUUCUCCUGAAAAGAAAUACCCAUGCACUUCGGGAGUGAUGUCCAAGGCCACGUCUUCCACAAUAUCGAUGCCAUCUCACUUAGAGACAUCGUCAGCAAACCCAGCGCCUUCAUCAGCAGCACCCCCAAAUCCGGUUUUCGUGGGUGAGGAACAUGUCAGUGAUGGGGACCUCGAUGAUCUGGAAAAGGAGUUAGAGGAGAUUGUAGACAGAUAUAUUGCCGAGGAAGGACAGGAUGCCAUGGACAUCGUUGAAGAAGAACCAGGAGCAGAUCUUUCAGGGGGGGAUUGCAACCAUGAGGUCGUGCAUGAUGUAUGUGGACUACAGGUUCUUCAGUGGUUCGGCUUGCCAGUCCAAACAAAUUCGCAUGGUCCAUUUCGUGCUUCGGAGCUCAACGGCAUGAUCGCCCGAUUCGCAAUUCAUUUUGUACCAAUCUCUUCAUUCGCAGCGGGUGCAGACGGCAUGUACCUGUAUCAUCGCGACCAUCACUUCACAAGACAUGCUCGCUACUUCGAUGGCGGUGAGGAAGCAUUCAUCAGUUUGGGUGAUCUCGCUAUGUUGAUGCAGUGGGAAAACAGCAAGAAAGUGAACGUGCUUUCAGUCGAGGAUCUUGCAGAGGAUGUGUUAUUCGUUAGUUCCACGAAGGCGUUCUCCUUGCAAUAUUUGUGCUACCACGAGGAACUCCUCUUUCGAGGACAUGUGUCGACAAGGGCAAUCGAGCAUGCAUACAACGUGGUUUUCAGCAAGCAAGCCACCAAGGACGACUCGAACGUGAUGGCUGAUUUUCGAAAGCUACAUCAAGCAUGCAUGUUCUAUCAUCUUGCACUACAGGAGUUUCAGACGCUGGGUUUGCACAAGACGCUCGUGAUUGACGAUGAGAUCACGGAUGAGAGUCUGGAUGUGUACUCCGCUUUUUGUCACUCCAGCCUUUACCCUCCAAAGAAAAAAGCUUCGAUAUCCUAUUUGGUUGGUGACGGGCACAACGAGGCAAUCACCUCCAAGAGCGCUUCGUAUCUCCGCCCCGUCAUCAAGAAGUCCCACAAGUCCAAAUCCUAUGACUAUAAUACCACCGGAAAGAAGAAUGCAACGAAAGCCAAGAACAAGCUUAGCAAGAAGAGAUUUAUCAUGAAGAUCCACAAAAAGAAGCAUAUGAAGAAGUGA